GCGCAGGCUGCGGCCGAAACCAUGCUUCUGCCUCCUGGGAGGUGCUGCUACUUGGUGUCCCAGUUGCUGCGGAGGAGCGGGCUGGGACCUGGCCGCUGCCCGCACGGGAGGUUACCGGGCUGCCUGCCAGUUCAACUGAGGCGAAGCCCUAGCUGCCUUUUAACAGGGACUGGACCGGGGUCCUGCGCCUCCUUUUCCAGAGGCCCUGGGGAUUUGGGUGGGGGGAGCGGGACUGGGGAGAAAGAUGAAGAGCCGCUUGAUGUUUCUGUCCCCCGGCAAGGUGACGACGCAUCCUGGUCGCAGCUUUCCGUGGGCGCCCAGGCUGCCGGAUCGUUUUCUUUGGAGAAGCCCACGCGAGUGUUGCCAGAGGAGACGCUGCCUCCCGAUACCCAGGACGUGGCCACUGGCCGUGAAGCGUGCGGCGACGAAAGCGAGGCGACUUCCCCGCCUCCGCUACGGACCGCGGGACGUGUCUGCGAAGCCCGGUCCUCGAGCACUGAAGAGCUGCCUGCACACGCGGGCAGGCCAAGUCCUAAGGAACGCCCCUUUCAGCCCGGGGACCUUCUUUACGCCGAGUUUCAAAAAGGCGAAAACAUAUUUAAAAGAUUGUUUAAGUUGGAGGCUGCAGGACAAUUAAGCAGUAACUGGGGAGCAAUUCCAUAUAAAGAAAUGAUUGGGAAGUUCCCUGGUCAAUUACUUAGGAGUUCCAUUGGUCACCACUUUAUGCUGAGAAGACCAGCACUGGAGGAGUUUGUUUUAUUCAUGAAAAGAGGGCCUGCUAUAUCAUAUCCAAAGGAUAUGAAUAUGAUGUUGAUGAUGAUGAAUGUCAGACAAGGCGAUAUCAUUUUGGAGGUUGGCUCAGGUUCUGGUGGAAUGAGUUUGUUUUUAUCACAAGCAGUUGGAUUACAGGGACGAGUUAAAAGUUUUGAAAUUAGAAAAGACCACCACAACCAGGCUAAGAAGAACUACAAGUGCUGGCGUGAUGCAUGGAAGAUUAGUCAUGUAGAAGAAUGGCCAGAUAAUGUGGAUUUCAUUCAUAAGGAUAUUUUAAAAGCUGCUGAAGACAUAGAAUCCAUAACAUUUGAUGGGGUGGCUUUGGACAUGCUAAAUCCUCAAAUUGCUUUGCCUGUUGUAUAUCCAAAUCUUAAGCAAGGUGGCGUAUGUGCAGUAUAUCUAGCAAAUAUCACACAGGUAAUUGAACUUUUAGAAGGUGUACGUAUCUGCAAACUUGCGCUCUCAUGUGAACAGAUAAGAGAAGUUCUUCUUAGAGACUGGUUAGUAUGCCCAGCAAAAAGGAAAGAUGGCACUUUAGCCCAAAGAGUAGAGCCUAAAACUGAUAUGGAUUUAAAGUUACAUUCUCAAAGGGAUUUUGAAACUGAAGAAAGUGAGAAUGUACAAGAGAAUGAUUAUGGUGAAUCACUUUCUGGUUUUCCAUAUAGCUCAAUUCCCUAUAUUGCAAGACCUUUUCAUUGUCAAGCUAAUCAUACAGCUUUUCUUGUUAAAUUGAGGAAGUUCAACCCAGAAAGUUAACCGAGUACUCCAGCUGACUGACUACAACUAAUUUCAAGAUUGCAAAGUACCAAGAGAAACUUAAUAUUGUAAAUGAUUACUUUUAUAGAUUUGUUGUUUUAUCUUUAUUACUUUGAUUUACAAAUCUUUAUUACAUACAGAUUUUAAAAUAUAGCUAAAUGAACAGGCAACUGUGCAACUGUUAAAAAACAAACCAUAUGUUACCUCAUUUCAACACUUAUCUUGAAGUUACAUUCAGACAUUUUGUAUUUAAUGAUUUCAAGUUGGUUUAGUUGAGCCAUUUCAUUCUUCAUUUCCUGUAAACCACUCCAUAGAUUUAUCUUGCUUCAUGCAACUAGUUUUCCUUCCCUUUUCUGAUGUGUUAUCAGUGGCUAUUAAAAAUUUAAAGAAAUGUAGUAAGACAUGGAAAGUUAGGUUUUUUUAAAGUAUACGUUCAGAUGGCUGUAAACAUAUUUGGAAAAAACAAAACUUUUGGGUUUCAGUGAAUGUAAUUUAUUCAGGCUAAUAAAAAGAUUCAAAACAAUUAUUCUCCCCCAAAUAAAAACAUUUUGGUUAAGUCAAAAAUCUUUUCAAUAAACAGCAGCAGAAAUU